AUGGAGUUUUGUUAUAAGGCAUGGUACCAGGCUGGAGUCACCAACAAUGAAGCCGCGCACUGUGGCCUACAAUGUGUCCAAUAUUCACAAAAUAUGGAUUGGAUUGGAGAAUUCUCUAAACGGUCGAAUCUGGACCGAUCAAACUUUAGACAGAUAUGGGAAAGCUUAUUACAAUUUGAGGCAAGGAAUGCCGACAAACAGAAGGAUAGAUUUCAUGAUUUUUUGAAUGAAUUACCGGAAAUGACUCGACAAAUGAAAGCGAUGGAGAAUGCUAAACUAAGUGUCAAAGAUGAAUGUAGCUGCAAUGAAUGCCACAAAAAGGGUAUUAUCGAUGAGAUGUUUUACUGUGGUAAAUGCAGCUUUGAAAUUUGUGGCGCUUGUGCUUACAAGAAGCAUCAUCCACAUAAAGCCAUUCCGUUGUUGGAGAAACAGAAAUUGCUUUCGAAAGAAGAAAUUCUCAAGGAAGCAUCAACUUUUGCCGAUUUACGGGAGAAACAUGAGUCAUUCACAAAGAUAAAGUCCAAAUUUGAGGCAUCUGCUGAGAAUUACUUGCCUCUUUUCCGCAGAUUCAACAAAGAAGUUAAGGAAUUAAUUAAAACCCCUGAUGAUACUCCCGUUUUCAAGAAACCAAAAAUGGAAAAUUUACCGAGCUCCCAAGAUGAUCAUAGCUGCAGUGAAUGUCAUCAUAAAGGAACUAGCAACGAAAUAUUUGUACUACUUGUGCUUUCAAGAAGCAUCAUGCACAUAAUUUUCAACUACUUUUGGAAAAACAGGGUUAUCAAACGC